AUGGCUCCCCAGUUUUCCCUCGUCGCUGUCUACCACCGAAUCUACUGUCGCCUCAGAGGCAUCAUGAGUGACCAACCCCCCAGUCCCGAAAAGUCCUGGCUCGACGGCUUCCAAACCACCCCCGAUAUCUACCUCCCCUUCAACAUCGAUAGACUCGCGGACGAUUACAUCCACCGGGGCUGGCUUGCAUCCGACCUGCAAAUCAGCCUCCUCGAAUUCUACAAGCAUAGGGAGGGCGUUAAGCACGAGUUCCUCGUCGCUACCCUCACCAACUCUGCCACCGGAAAGACGGCUGGAUACAUCUUAGCCGAGCGGCAAGGAGUGUGCCCUGCUCGCGCUGAGAACGAUCCCGCCUCAUCCACUCACAGCUUUAGCAGCAUCUCGGAGUCGUCCUCGGCGUCAUCUACCGCUGCUAAGGUACUCUCCACCAGUUCUACUGAAUUACCUGCUUCCGAUGUCAUCUAUUUGGGGCAAGACCAGAAAAUCAUGUUGACCUGCGCCAAACAUACUGCGAAAUCGGUUGUUGUCUGCCACAACCCAGUGUCGCAGGAAAAUAGUGCAGACUCCAUCGCUUCCUUCAUCGCUGCUUGUCAGGUCACGCACGAGUUUAAUCAAAAGUAUAACAAUAAAACCACUAACUGCCAUUGGUUUGCCGGCGUGGUGUAUGAGCUCGUCACAGGUGUUGAAGUCGAGGAUGAUCCGGAUGACCUGGAUGCUGCUGCUGUUGCACCUCAGCCGGACCUUCAGCCCGAGGCUGAGAUCCAGGUUGAGCUUCAUUCUCCUGGCCUCCCUGCCACUCCUCAGCCCGUGCCUCAGUCCCAGCUUACUCCUCAGUCCGGCAGGAAUGGGUAUUUUGGACCGGUUCCCAUCGUUCGUCCUUCCAAAAUCCAGGCCACUGCAAACCAACUAUGGGGCAUGUUCAGGACCAGAAAGGCAGACAUACUGCGACAACGGGAUCACUCAGGGGACUUGGCAUGUGAGAUUGAGGAGCUGAAGAGGCAGAAAAAUGAGGAGACGAAGAGGGCGGAUAAAGUGGAAAGUGAACUGGAGAGGGUGAAAAGGGAGAAGACAAAGAGGGUGAAUGAACUGGAGAGGGUGAAAAGGGAGAAUGAGGUGGAGAUCGUGCAGCUUAAACAGGAGCUCCUUGAUGCCAGGCAGGGACGUGCAGCUGGCGUACCUGGUGUGACAGCAGCCCAUACUACGCCUCCCCUCGGUCGUACCAGCACUGCUUCCACAUCUAGAAGAGCCAUGUGA